AGAGUUUUCAUUCUGGGUAGAUUAUCGGAAACGCUAGAAGUAUAAUUUUUCAAUAGGAUAUAACAUUUCGGUUUUGAAAAUAUAAGUGCAUAAACUAACAAAGUGUGUAUUACAAUAUACUACAUGAAAGCACAAAAGUAAUUAGUGAUAAGCUGGAUUUAUUCGGCAACGUCGUUGUGUUUAUAUAUAAUACAUAAGUUGCGCGAUUAAAAGCAUGUCUGUAUUUAGCUGGAAAGAGGACAGUAUCAAGACAAAUUUAUUAAUGGAGGAAGGUGAUAGCAGCUUAGAGCCAGGUGAGGUGAAAACUCCUCCACAUGGCAUUGAAACAACAAAACCGAAAGUAGCCGAGGAAACAAUAAAAAUGAAAUGCAAUACAUCCCAUUAUUUACCUCACUCUAAAUCUGCGUCUAAACAAGAGAUCGACAAAUGCGCGGAGAAAGUUCGGGCUAUACUCGAAAUAGACGCGAUGAAACGCAAGGAGGAAUUGGAGCGUAGAAAAGAGCAAAAGUCUGAGGCCUCAUUGCUCAACAGUACUGCAAGAAAAAAGGACCAUAAGAAACAUAAAAUUCAGAAACGAGAGCCCAAAAAUGUGAGCCUUGGUGAAAGUAAAACCGAAAAAAUUAAAGAUGCUGUCAUAACAAAAACUAAAAACAAGAAAAGUAAACACGAAGACCAUAACAGCUAUUCUAGGCACCCUACUGCCGAGACAUGUGAAAGUAUGCGACCCAUUCGCAGUGCUACGUCACUGUCAAUGUUACCACAGUUGAAUUUUGUUACAGCAGUGUCUAACGCAUCGCCUAAUUUUUCUCGUCGAUUUUCAGACUUAAAUAAUCCUACAACUUAUCGUUCAUUUAAUCCAUUUAUGAGGAAUUACCGCACUGAUUUUCGCCAUAGAGGCAACAAUUUUGUUACACACAAUCGUACACGUUUCUCGAGAUACCGUUCCCAGUAUAUUUCUGGCUCAUUUCAUGCACCUGCAGAAGAACCAAAUCAUUCAUCACCUCCACAUAACAAUGUACCAUAUUCUCAAUUGUUGUGGACCAAAACAAAGCCAUCUAUAUCUUACGCAUUAAAUCUACAUGAGCACGAUGUAGUACCAUACAAGAGGAAUAGUUCGGAGAUCAGUGUUCAGAAAAAGAAAAAAUAUAAAAAGUCGAAGGAGCGGGAAGGGAGCAAUAAAUCAAGUCCAAAGAGUAGUCGUAAAUCAAGUAAAAGGAAGAAAAUCAGAAAAAUCCGUGAAACCUUGCAGCCAGUAAAGAAUCAAAUGAUUUCUCCAAGUCACGAGUCAGCCGUUCUAACAACUGAUAAUAGGGUAUAUACAACUGCUUUUGUAAACAAAGCAACAGAAAACUCGGAUUGCACGGCGAAAAAAGGCGAUACUCCAAAGCAAUGCUCUAUUAUACUAUAUGAAUCUGAUAAAGCAAUUUCAGAACGUUUAGAAUCUAAAACAGAACACUCGAAGUUGGUAGAUAAAGCUAGCGGGGACUCGGCUAGAUCACAGGUACUGGAUAUGUUCGCAAGUUUAACUCCACCGAAGCAAAAAUCGCCACCCAUAGAUUUUAAGAUCUCUUUAAACACUUCAUCGAACUUACAAAUAACAAACAAGCUCCAAGAAAUUCAAGAUCGCAUUGACAAACUACUUGAAGACGAUGAGCUUAAACUGGAAGCCAUACAGGCAACUAAGGAUAAAUUAUUACAAAAAUCCCGAGAGCAUGCAGAAAAUAUCAAUUCAAGCAAAUCUUCAAAGCAAACUAAGAUUUUAAGUCCUUUAAAUAAUAGUUUGCCCUUAAAUAUCGUUAAAUCACAUGAUAAAUUAAUAGAUACUAGUUUUGUGUCUAAAUCUUCCUUUAGUGCUAAAUCGAAAGACAAAUCUCCAUUAGAUAUUUUCAGUGAUACUAAAAAGGAUAAUCGAAAACAAUAUACAAAAGGAGAAAAAGAAUUGACAGCUACUAAAACCUUACAUUCCAAAAUUCUGCACAGCACAACUCCCAACGUAAAACAGCGAAACGAAAAACGUUCUAUAAAUACAAAAGUGAAAUCUAGCAAGAAUAAAAUAUUCGUAUUGAAAAAAGAUUUAUUGGAAGAUUCUCCUAGUAAUCUUACUAAUUCUACAACAUGUGCUAUGGAUGGCAGCCCAGAUACCGAUGACUACUCGGACAAUUGGGAAAAUGAUGAUGAAGAAUUAGAUAUGAGCUCUGCAUUUCAAAAUAUAAAUCAAUUAGAGUUAUCUAAAAAUACUAAAAACGUUCAUAAUAUUAAAUCUAGUCCAUCGUCAAGUUUGAUCGAUAGUGUAGACUCCGAAUCUAAUUCAAAAAUGCAAAGUACAACUCCUAAAAAUUCUCCCCCUCAACAACGGUUAUCACCUAAGUUAAGUUACACGCCUAGAGAAUCCCCUAAAGCACACAUUGACAACCAAGAAACAGACGAAUUGCAGCGAUUAUAUAAUCAAUUCAUUAAAAGUGUUGAGAAUGCUAAUAUAAAAAUUGAAGAGUCGAAUGGAAAUGAUACGUAUAUUGAGAUAAAAACGGAGAAAGAAAAUGAAAACGAGGCGUUAUCUGCAUCAUCCGCCUCCUAUUCCUCAUCGUCCUCAUCAACAUCUGACACAAGUAUUUCAUCAUCAGGAUCAUCCAGUACUACGAGCUCAAGUGAUUCCGCUUCAGAUGAUAGUAAUGAUACUGACAUGCUUCAAAACAAUAUUUCACAUUUUGCUUGUACCGAUGAAAUCGCAAUAGAUGACAAUAAUGCGCCUCCGGAUAAAGAGAAAACAAAGCAGUUAUUAACUCCGAAAGAAGAAUCUAAACCAAAUGUCGUAAAAGAUUUGAAAAAGUUGGAAAACCUUGAAGCUAACUUAUUACGAAUACAAAUGAUGCGUGCUAAUUAUGAUUCAGCUGAUGAAAUAAGCGACGAAUUACUCAAAAUGGAAAAGCUUUUUUUACAUGAAAAAAAUAUAAUUUUAAAUAAGUUUAUGGGCACCUCAAUAAGCAAAUCGGAAAAGAAAGAAAAACAAGAUAAUGAGUUGGAUACUCCAAUACAGUCAUCAAUUGAAUCACUACAAACGGCAUCAUUAUCGAAAGGGCAGUUUGUGCAGUCUAUGCAAAAGUUGCAAAACAAAGAUGAUAAGAACCAGGUAUCAAAUAUAUUUGAUACAAACCGAGAAGUAAUUAAAUUGACUAUAUCCCCUGUAAAGUUACCUAAAACGUCUGCUAUAUUCGAGGCAGACAAUGAUAUGGAAAUCACCAAACAAGCAAUAGAAACUUGUGAAAAAACGAAUUCAGCAGUAAAACCACCAAAGCCAAUGAAAGAAGUUGCAAUAGUCAAGCCAAUAAUGGAGACUAAAGAACCGUCAUCUGUUCAUCAUCAGAAACGCCGUCGAUCUCCAUUGCCAACACAUCAUGCUCUGCAGUCAAGAUCUCGUUCGCGGCGAGGAAGAGUACGUUCACUGUCUGUGAGUCCCUCAAGAAAUAAUAGCGGACGUUGUGCAUCUCCUCAAAGACGUGGUUUUUUGAAACAAUCGCGCAACAGAAAUUAUGAACGGCGGAGUCGAAGUCGUAGCCCUAGUGUUAUUCGAUCUCUUAGUCGGCGCUCGGGUGAUAUAAGUCCCAGUUCCCGUAAACGGCGAACGAUUUUAAAUGUAGACGACCGAUCUCGGAAACACUCUCCUCGACGCGAUUCUCGCUCCCGCUCCCGGUCACCAUCUUCGCCUCACCCUCGACAUCGCUCCGAUCGAUACUCUCGGUCGCCUUUGCCGUUCAAACCACCUUCACCACCCACAGACCCUCAUUUAUCGCCGCCAAGUAAUAUACAACGAAGCAGUUUAUCACCUGUAAGACGUUUACGUUCUAUUUCCCGUUCACCGAGGAAAAUAACUGUUUCACCAGCUACUAAAUCCCAUGAAAGCGACAGGCAUCGUUCAUUAUCGCCAAAGCAUAGGCUUUAUAAACAGCAUUCGUCACAACAAAGCAAUACCUCUUAUUACUUUAAUCAUUCACCAAGUCGAAUAUCCUUGGAUGCGCGUAUAAAUAUCGUUCUCAAUGGACCGUCAUCUAGCCAUAAUGAUAGUAAUAGCAUCACGACUUACGAAGAUUACAGUCAAUAUGGGCAGUAUGGACCCGCUACGUAUAUGUCGUUACCAAGUGAUUCAAAUAGCUUUUACACAAAUCAAUAUGUGCCAAUGGCAAAUACUGGUGCAACAGUUCCACAAAGUAAUAUCAGCCAGCACACAUAUUCGAAUUUAACUACUAUAGGUAAUGAUGAAUCGGAAUUAUUUUCUUCAAUGCCACACCACGUCAACGUGAAUGCAACGAACUUCUAUUACAAUCGAUUUGGUACCCAGCCAUUUGGUUUAAAUCAACCAUCACCAUUGCUUAAGGAACUUCCAAAAGCUACUGUAGCAGUACAAAAAGGAAAUGUCCUUGAAAUCGUGCCAUGUAGUGACUUGCUUCCCAACAAUAUAGCAGAAAAUACAAAUGAAAAUGAAAAUCAUAAUAAAAAAGGAAGUUCCAAACAAGAAGAUAUAGAAGAAGCAGCAAGCUCUAACUCUGAGAAACGCAAACGCAGCAUUUUAAAACCUUUGGAUGAGGAAACUAAUUCCCUGCGAAAUGUUUUUGUCGGAGCAUCAAAGAAGAAGAAAGUGAACUUCGAAGAUGGAGUUUUCCCUAACCAUAAUAGUGACGAAGAAGACCGUAAAGUAAUAGAAGCUAAAAUACGUGUAAAGAUGCGACGAUUGAGAAAGAAACUUGGCGUAACACCACCAUGUCACAAUUUGAUCGAAGAUAAAGCUCGCAAGGAGAGGCAAAAGGCCGACACCGAUAAGAAAGCUCCACCGCCACCUCCAAAUGGAUUUGCACCGCCAAACUUGGAACAGCCAAUUUAUUUACGAACUCAUACACCAACUCCUCUAUUAUAUUUUCAUUUUGACGGAGUUGUACAUUCAAUGUACGUUUCACAAAUGGAAAGACCAAUUCCACCUCGCCUUCUUAAUCAAAAAUGUUUACCAUCGAGCAAUAUUAAUGUAGUUUCACAACAUACUGAUUCGCAAUCUCCAUUGUACAUGCAAUCGCCAAUUAGUGCGGGAGCUCCACAUUUGCAUGCAAGUAAAAAAGAUCCCAUCGCAACAUUCACGCGAUUGAAUCGAACUGAAAAUAUUUCACCAAAGGCAAUUCCUUCAACAACGGCAUUGCAACAAGCUGCUGGCAGUCCUAAAAUAAACUAUAAAAUGUAUUCUCCAAUCGAAAGUAUACACCACACAGAAAUCGGUAGCUCAGCAUUACCGAGUACGUCACCUAACAGCAUAAAGGGAAACACUAUCCAUAUAAUUUCAUCAACGGCGAUAGCAAAUCAUUUCUUGCCGAAGCGUCAGGAAUCACCAAAAGAUCCUGUUAGUGCCCGUACAAAUAUGUCAAUGGGAUUACUACCUGUGCCCACAACUCACCCUUCUAUGGCGCAAAAUAGUGGAGUUGCACAGCACACGCGUAUUCCGGUAAUCGGCGUUCCUCCAACAGUAAUUCCUAAAGUGGGUUCCUCUAUAUCAGAACAAUUUAUGGGUGGAUUUGCAUCUACAAUGAUACAAAACUGUCACCAACCAGUAAAUAAUCAAAAUUACUUGGUGCCUCCAAUAGUAGCCCACACGAAUAAUCCACAUAUGCCCGGUGCUGUACAACAAUAUUUCAAUACACCCGUUCAACGUAUGCAUAGGCCAUUUCAAAAUUUUAUGGCUCAGCAAGCCCAACCCAGCCCUAUUGCGCCAAAUUUGCCUAUGUAUCACAUGGUAGAACCCAUUGAAACAACAAAUGCUGAUCUAGAUAAAUUCGCUAACCCUCAAAAUAUGGCAAUUCCGUACAGUUAUAAAGGACCGUAAAAAUAAGUGGAUAUUUUACUAAAUUUUUAAAAUAUAUGAAUAAAAUAUAUAUUAUAUUUGUAAAUUAGUGGGAUUACUAGUAAAA